AUGGCCGAAACUUAUGAAAUCUUUGGGCAGAUGAAGAUGGGUCCGGGCACCUCGUGCCCGGUGGAGCUGAUGGGCAAGAAAGCAAAGCUCAAGUGCACCGAAGGCGACGUUUUCGAACUGCCGGCAGAAGCAGUUGCUUUGGCCUACAGGGCGAGGAAUGAUCUCCUUGACAAAGGGUGCGAAGGAGAGCUUCAGUACCCGAUAAAGAAAGCUGUGAUGGUUAAGCUGGUUGAGUACCUCAAGCACCACAGGGAGCAUGCGUGCAGCGAGAUUCGGACUCCUCUCGUCAGUGACAACUUGGCUGAAUGUGGUGCCACACGUUGGGACGCAAGCUUUGUGAACAUGGACAAGGAAAUGCUCUUUGAUAUGACGGUUGCGGCCAGCUACCUCGAUAUCCCUGGCCUUUGGUUCCUCCUCAGUGCAAAGGCAGCUGUUAUUACCAACAACAAGAGCGCAGACAAGCUCCGCAAGGAAUUCAGCAUGGCGAAUGACCUUCCGGCCGCCGAAGAGGCUGAACUUAGACGUGACUAUGCAGCAUCUUUGCGGCUGGAGGGUGAUGUGGACCUGUCGCAGCUGGCUGCCUCCUCGGUGAUCCGCAGCGGAGUUAAGGCCGCGGAGUACAAGGCUGGCAUCAAGCAAUUGGAGGAUGGAUUGGAGCCACCAUCUUCUGCAAUUUCCAGCUUGUCCAGUUGGCGUCAUGCCAUGUGGAGAGCCGCAGUAUUGGAUGACUGGAAGCUCUUGCAAAAUGCGCCAGAGCCCGUUAAGAGUGACCGUGACCUGGUGAAGAGUGCGAUCUUGACCAGCCAGGGUGCAGCAUUGAAGCUGGCCUCACCAGAGAUGCGAGCAGACGAGGCAUUAGUGCUUGAAGCCACCAAGUACUUCGGCACUGCCUUUGCGGAUGCUGCCCCGGAGCUCCGAAACAACAAAGAUUUCCUUUUGAAGGCUGUGGGUAUGCAUGGUGGUGCCAUGACAGGAGCACCAGAUGCCGUUCGGAAUGACAAGUCCUUUAUGCUGAAUGCAGCAAAGGCUGGCAAAGGUGCCGCUCUACAGGGGGCGACCAUGGCUUUGCGAGACGACCGCAGCUUGAUCUUGGAGAUGGUCGUCCACGAUGCCGAGGCUUACAAGCAUGCAUCGGAAGACUUGCUCAACGACAAGGACUUUGCGGUUGCCGUGGCCAAGCGCAAUGGGAAGGCGCUGAAGUUCAUGAUUCCUGCUUUCCGAGCUGAUCCGGAUGUGGUUCGGGCCGCCAUCAGCAGGGAUCCGCAGGCGGCGCAAUAUGCUCACGCCUCGAGACGGUCAGAAUUGGGCAUGAUACAGGACAGCAUGCACGGAGAAGUGCAGCUGCAAGCGGAGCUGGAAAGCCAAAAGAAAGCUGCACAGGAGGAAGCAGCAUCGACUUUGACGCUUGCCACAACGGCUGGUCCUCGACAGGUGCCGAUGCAGGCUCUGCCAGCCCGGCCGACAUACACCUGCAUGAAGCUUCAAAAAACAGUGCAGUUUACGGCCAUGAGUACCAUGACAGCAAACAUGGGACAGUCCAAUUACAUCGCCGCCAACGCCUACCUAGACAGGAUCCCCGGGUUCCAAAGACCGGAGAUUGAUGCAGUUGGCCUGAUGUGGGGUGCAGUCGGAGGAAUCGGGAUGCGCUUCAAGGCUUUUGCCUCGGCAGAUAUGCUGAAUGCGACUCCGGAGCUGUUGCUCACCAUUGAUGACUCCUGCAAGGUGCUGUUUUCGGCAUGCUGCUCGCUCUUUCCACCCGAGUGGUUCUCUGCAUCGCACUUCGACAAGUUCAGCCGAGAGAUGUACUUGUCACCCACUGCAGGCCAGAUUAAGCUCGAAACGCAGACCACCGAAGUAGCCGCCCAGGCCCACUGGGAAAAGCAUCUUGAAGAUGACCGCAAGGCUCUGCAGGACAUUCCCAGUGUGGACCGGCGCCCUGUCCCGAACAACUUUGCCUUGACGAACGCACCGGCUGUGGCAAACGCUCCCCUGGGCGGAUGGCCCAGCCUGGUGUCCAGCCAGCCAUCUAGUGGCUGCUCCGUGCCUCUGCAGAAGGGCACUCGGGUUCGCCUCACAGGCCUCCGUGCAAAGAAUGGUGUUUGUGGGACAUUGGUCCAGCAGUAUGGCGACGGCAAGUGGAAAGUGAAGCUGGAUGACGGCUCAGGAAACGCGCUCUUGCGCCCAGGCUUCUUCGAGCCUUUCCUCUGA